ACAAUUUCCAGCGUACGCGUGAUGCGUUCGUUUCGUUGCGUAUACCGCCAAUAGCAUAAACAAGUUUUUCUCAUUAACAUUUUCAACCAGUUACCGGAAAAUAGUACAACAUGUCCGAUACAGAGAUGAAGACUGUAGAUGAAUCGAAGGACGACCCAAUGGACGCUGCCGGCGUAGAUAGUGAGGUGGACCAGGAAGAGGAGGAAGGCGGUACAUCCUCAAAAGUUGAUGGUUCCUCAUCUAGUGACACCUCAGAUAGCGAUGACGACGACGACGAUGAAGCAGCUCAGAUAAAGCAAUACCUGGAGCUGCUUGGAAUGAUCCAGGCGGACAAGUACAACUACGACAAUUACGUGAAACUGCUGGAGAUUGCGCAUCAAAUAACCGACCUGGACAAGAUUCGCCAGAGCGCCGAAAUCUUCGCUUCCGUGUAUCCGCUGUCCCCGGAGAUUUGGUUGCGCUGGUUGGAAAUCGAGCAGGGAGUUGCUUCCUCGUCGGAACAACUGCAAGAAGUGGACAAAUUGUUCCGCCGGGCUCUGGGGGAUUACUUUUCCGUCGAGGUUGCAGAACAGUAUGCAUUGUUGGCCGUGCGAGCCGGUCGUGAGCUCUCGGAACCGAUUUGGGACGCGUUGAUACCCACGUACGGACUACACGUGACCAAGGGUCGGGCAAUCUGGGAAAUCUAUCGGGAGGAUUUUCUGGAGAAGUCGGAAGAAUCACCAGAUCAGUUGAAUCAGCUGGCGCGCAUCUAUGAGCGGGAACUGAAGAUUCCGCUUAAAAAUAUGGAGAACUCAUACAUUGAGUAUAAGUUGCUGUGUGAGAAACAUAAAGAAGUACUGAAGGAUCUGAAUCCGGAAAAGUUUGAACGGCGCUACAAACAGGCGAAGGAACUUUUGCAGCGAAUGCUUCCUUUUGAAGAGAAACUGACUGCGCUAGAGCCGCACUGUCACCAGGAAAGAGCAGAGCUUUACCGGCAGUACAUCAAGGAGUGUCGGUCUCAGUUGGGGGACGAUGAAUUGCAGGUUCUGUACGAAAGAUCCGUAACCGAUUGCUGCUUGGAUCCGACAGUGUGGUGUGACUACCUGCGAUACUUGGACAAGUAUCCACCGGACUUGGAAGAGAAUCCAGCUUCGCCAGUAUUCAGCCAGACAGCGGCUGAUGUGGUGAACCGGGCACUGCGUAACUGCCCCUGGAGUGCUGAGUUGUACGUGGAAAAGAUGCGAAUUGUUGAACGUGAGAAACGUCCCAAAGAGGACGUGUUGAAGAUUAUGGAGGAGGUUGCCACUGUGGAAUUUCAGGCUCCGGAGCCGGCUGUGAAGGUUUGGCUUGAGUACUUAACAUAUCUGAGAAGGCAUGCUAAUUUUGAGGAAGAGAAAGAACGAGAUAUUUUGCGUUCAAACUUUGAACUCGCUUGGAAUCAGCUUGGCAGAACCUGGGGCGAGAUGGCCGAUCCGGAAUGUAAAAUAUUGCAGUUUUGGGGUCGGUUGGAGUACGGACAGCUGGGUGAUCCGAUAAAGGGGCGUGACCUUUGGCAGAAUGUUAUGGACAGCUCGGACAAUUGCACCCGCGCAGGUCUUUGGAUCGAAUUUGCCGGAUUGGAAUCGAUGCGAGGAUUUGAUGCGGUUCGAAAGGUAUAUAAAAAGGCGAUCGGUUCCGUUGCACUCAAUGAUCCGGAAACGCUGGCGGCGGCUUGGAUGCGUUUCGAACGAUGUAAUGGCUCACUGGAGCAGUUGACCGCAUGUCAAGAGAUUUGCACAGCCACGGUGCAGGCUUACUACAGGACAUUGAACCAGCAGCGAACCCCGAAGGGACGUCGUUCGGAUCCGAAAAAAGACCUAGAGCCAAAGGAACCGAACAAAAAGAAACCUCUUAAGAGAACAAUCGACGAGAGUAAUUCGAGCGAAAACAAAGACGAUCACUUUAAAAAACCAACUGUUCCGAUAGGGCCAUUGCCUCGCAAAAAAUCAGAUUCCUCGAUUGAGGAAAAUACCAAACGGAUUCGUUUGGAGGAACCAGUAGUGAGCAAAGAAAAGGACACUGCCAACGACAGCAGGCGAUUGUUUUUCAGUAAUCUCAGUUUUGAUGCCACGGAGGAUCAGAUUCGGGCCAACUUUCCGGAGUUGCAGUUUAAAUCGAUAGAACUAGUGCAGGGUUCUAGUGGCAAGAGUCGUGGCUUCGGUUAUGUUGAAUUCGAAGACGAACAGGACGUUCAAAAGGCUCUUAGCUUCGAUCGGCGCCCACUCGAUGGCCGUCCUGUAUUCAUUUCAUCGUUGGCCCGGGAUAAAUCGAAUCGUCCGCAUAAAUUCAAGUAUUCGGAAAGAUUCGAACCCAACAAACUAUUCAUCAAGGGACUUCCGUUCGAGGCCGGAAAUGAAGACGUUCGCAAGCUGUUCGAACCGUACGGCAAGCUCCGCGAUGUACGAGUUGUGUACUAUCGCAGUGGCAAAUCGAAAGGAUUAGCUUAUGUGGAGUAUGAAAGUGAGGCGGCCGCCAAAAAUGCCGUCCUCAAUAUGGAUCAGUAUGAAAUGAACGGAUUCACGCUGACUGUGGCUCUCUCUGCUCCUCCACCCAGGGGCAAUCCCACGGAGGGAAGUGGAUCAGAGCCUCCAGUUGCUGGUAGCAGCCUGGGCGGAGGAAAGAGACACGUGGUUAAAGGAGACGUCAAGCAGAAAUUGUCAACCAUGAUUCCAACUGCCCUUCUGAGGAAGGCCACACCUACAAAUCCGCAAGCCGGUACAAGUUCCAACGGCAACAAGCCAAAAUCUAACGAAGAUUUCCGGAAACUACUACUGAAGUAGUUUAAAAACAAACUCGAAAUGCCCUCUUAUUCUAUCUUUUUGUUUUGUCUGUUUCUAGUUUUAGAAGCGGAAAGUUCCUUUUUUCUUUCUAGAUAUAUGCUUUUUCUAAAUACGUGUUUCGUCAAUCUUACGAUUGUUUAUAUUGUUCUGGUUAAGACACAAUUCAUUACUUGAGAAGUAAUAAUAAAGUAACAA